CAUUGCGUGCGACAUGGAGGCGUGCGACAUGAUAACGCGGGUUAUAACGGUAUAGUUAGCAGAAAAGGGUCGAUACCUACGGCCAAACUAGCCAAACGCGCAUUGUUUAUUCGACGGGAAGUGUGCGGCUUUGAACAGAUGGAAAAUAUGAGCCCAAAUCAAGUGACGUGUCCGCGUUACACUUGUGAAACGUGCAACAAGGCGUUCAUAAGGAGGUGCAGCCUGGCGCGUCACAACAGUGAAGUUCAUUCUAUACCAAUGUCUUGGGGUAGCUUCAAAUGUGACCAGUGUCAUAAUGUCAGAUAUAAUCAACGCGAACAGCUCCUCAGACACCUAAUCGAGGUGCACAAAUUUGAGUACAAGUACGAACAACGACGGUUUCGCUCCUUGCAGGAUUUCUUUCGCUGGAAGCAGAAUGAAGAGAAGAGGGAGAAAGUGUGCUUUGUCGCAAGCUCUAGUGGGAAACCAAUGUACGGUGGUCGCAUCAAACGAUGGUAUGUGUGCCAUCGGUCUGGCAUUUACAUUCCAAGAGGCAAAGGCCGUAGGCGGCUGAAGUCUCAAGGUAGCUGCAAAAUUAAUGCACAUUGCAUGGCAACAAUUACCACCAUUCAGGACACCCAAACAGGCGUUGUCUCGAUUGUCUACCAGAAGCAACAUUAUGGGCAUGACAUAGACCUAGGCCACUUGCGGUUGAACAAAGAGGAGAAGCAAGUCAUUGCACAGCAACUUGCUCAAGGCCUACCUGGUGACACUGUGCUCAAGAAUGUGAAGAAAACGCUUGGGCGGGAGCUUCAGAAGAUACACCUGAUCACCCGGAAGGACCUCAACAAUAUUGCCAGGCGUGACCUUGGAACUACAUUGGCCCGGCUUCAGAAAGAGGGACCUGUUACACCAUGCGUAAAAGACAUGAAGUUAGAACCGCCAUCCGAAUCGUCCAGUAGUUGUUCAUAUGAUGUGGACGAAGGCAUAGGCGAGUCCUCCAACCAUGCUCCUGCAGGAAAUGAAAAUGUUGUUGGUUUUCCCACUAUUGCCUUCCAAAGUGGCAGCCAGCUUCCAUUGGCACCUCUUGUCAUCAGCCAGCAGAAUGGUGCACCAUUGGUCUUCACGUCCCUGGUUCCCACUUCUCAGAAUGGUGUCUUCAUUUUGAGCAAUCCUGGAACCACUGUGCAAAGCAGGAAAAACUUGAUAUUUCCUUCUGUUAGAGCUAGUGAAGCAAGAGAAAGCAGUACUCAGCAGAGCCUGUUGAAGUGCAAUGCCACAAGUGACUUCGUAUCAGUGAGGAGGCUUUGCCCAAUUAGUGACUCUACUAGUGGUAACCAUUCAGGACCAGUUAGCCAGGCAAAGAAGAGUGUCUUGGAAGCAAUCUGUGAGCUGCACAAAAAGAUCAACAUGUAUUCUGGAAGUGAUGACAAGUUAAACCAUCUGGAAAUGGAGAUCCGGGGCCUCACUCAUUUUCUUGACUUUGGCACGGUUAGCAGGGAGCCUGUGGACUGUGGUGCAAUGGAAGAAGUUUGUUUUGAUGGUGCUGGUGCAGAGCCCCGAUGCCAGGACUCAUCGGAGUGCCAAAGUGCAGUUGUCACGGAGAAGAAGAGCAAGAUACAUAGGCAGGACCAUCUAUAUUCAAAGCAGAGUGAAUGAAUGGAGUGCAUUGCUUGGGGGGUGCACACCUGCCUUUACCAGGUGUUGCAUUGGAGGAGUUGCUGACAUUGAGUCGAGAGAUACCUUAUCAAGAUGUAAAUCCUGUUUCAAGCUUGUGGAAGCAGAGCUAUCUUUAAGCUGUGCAGUAGUUCUCUUAAUGCAGUACCUUUGCUACCAUGUUCUUAAAUGUUGCAAGUAUUGCCCUUCACGGCACUAGCUUUUCAGAAUCACAGAUGUGCGCAAUAACUUGGAUAGAUUUCAGCUCUGGUCGUGUGUGCAGCGGCCUGCACACUUUUAGCGAAGUAUGUCCUGUGUUUCAAGCUGGAGUAGUUAUAGAUUGUACACUCGACCAGUAGAUCAAAGUGGUACACAAUAUAUAUGUUGAGUUGCAGUGUGUCAAUAGCUUCUGAACUAUUAAGUUGCUAGGAAUGCAAUUUAUCACUGCAAGUUUCUUUCUUUUUUUCUACCUUUCCUUCAUUUAUGCCACAUUUUUGUUCCUUUGACUAUAAAAUGUAGUUGCUCCUUGAAAACAA